GAGAGAGAAAAAGGGGUGAAAAAUAAUGGAAAGGGGUGGGGUUGAUUGAGCUGAGCGAAGGAAUAUGGGUUGCAGAGUGGACCGGAUAAAAAGAAGAAAACCCUAAAAAUCAUUUAAAAAAGAAAAGAGAGAGAGAGAGGCGAAAUAAACAAUUGGGAAAAAGGAAUCAAUAAAAAGGUCUCAGAAAACCGGUGGUUUUCAGCACAGAGAUAGCGAAAGAGAGAGAGCUCUGGUGAUCCUGAUAAAACAGGGGAAAUCGGUGGUUUCUCCAUCGGGUGAAAGCGGUUUUGAGGGUGGGAGUUAAGAGAAACGGUGGUUUUGGGUUUUGGUUGAGCAGAGAGGGGAGGAGAGAGGCGGUUUCUGGGUUUGUUGUCCAGUGGGAGGUUUAUUGCUGCGUUUGGUGGUAUUCGCGGGGUUAGGUUUAAGGUUAUGGUUUGGCGGCCAUGAGUAGUAGUAAUGGAUGCAGGAUGGAGUCGGAUCACGAGUACACCAUGAAGCAGAGGCAUCACAGGCAUGAAAUCAUGGAGAACCAGUGCACCUCUGCGCUGGUCAAGCACAUCAAGGCCCCUCUUCAGCUAGUGUGGUCACUUGUGAGGAGAUUUGAUCAACCCCAGAAGUAUAAACCCUUUAUUAGCAGAUGUGUGUUGGUGCGUGGGGACUUGGAGAUCGGGAGUGUGAGAGAGGUUAAUGUUAGAUCAGGCCUUCCUGCUACUACCAGCACCGAGAGACUCGAGCUUCUUGAUGAUAAUGAACAUAUUCUCAGUGUCAAGAUUGUUGGUGGGGAUCAUAGAUUAAAGAACUACUCGUCGCUGAUUACACUUCACCCAGAGAUCAUCGAGGGACGACCUGGUACAAUGGUUAUAGAGUCUUUUGUUGUGGAUGUGCCCGACGGCAACACCACGGAUGAGACCCGCUAUUUUGUGGAGGCCCUCAUAAAAUGCAAUCUCAAGUCGUUGGCUGAUGUCUCUGAGCGCCUAGCCAUUCAGGAUCGCACUGAACCCAUUGACAGGAGUUAGAGUCAUGAUGGGCUCAUCGCCACCCUCUAUGGCCCAUGUGACCAUCUCUCUCUCUCUCUCUAGAUCUCUGUCUUUACCCCCUUGCCUGAGAAGUUGGUUAUUUGUUUGACUGUAUACUUAUUGUACAGCUUCUCAGGGCCUUUGUUUUCUAUAGGAAAGCCAACGUUCUUGAUGGAGUUUGCUGUUUUUAUUUCUACUCUCUUGUUAAAAUCCCAAUAGAGAGCACAAGUACCAAACUGGGCCCUCUUGCCUCUGAUCUUUCUUGGGGAGUUUCGUGUUGGUUUUUGGCAGUCGGAAUUCACUGAGGAUGAUGAUGCUGCUGCUGCCGCCGCUGCCGCUGCAAUGCUAUCCACCACAGAUUGGGUGUAAAUAUAGAUGACCACUCAUCCUUUUUAAGUGUUUCCAUUUCUUUUCUUGUGGUUGUUCUCUCUCUCUCUUCUUUUCUCUUUUGUUUGAAUUUUACUUUUUAGUGUACUCUGCCUUUAUUACCGUUAUUUAUGUGAUUCUGUGAUAGAUUUUGUCUUUAAUCCUUUUAAGGGUCCCA